CGUUCCGUACAGUACGCGCCCAGCGGUUAAGGCGGUUUUGUCGCGGUGUCGCCGUCGCCGCCGUCGUCGUGCGGUCGUCGUUCCCUGCGUCUCUCGUCGGUGGGUGUCGCGUAUACACAUUUCUUUUCCGUCUCUCUCUUUCUCUCUCUCUCUCCGCUUUCUCUCUUUUCUCUCUCUCUCUCUCUCUCUCUCUCUCUCUCUCUCUCUCUCCCCCUGUCUCGCCGCGCGCCGACGCGUCGUCGCGCGUUCCGGAGCGUCGCCCCGGCAUUUUUUUUUGUCCGCCCGUCAACUCCGGUGCGUUUCCGCACGAGGAUAUACACGAGGAGUGCGAGGGAGUCAUCGCCGUCGUCGCCGUCGCCGCGAGGGUGUCGCAAGCGUUUUCUUUAGACGGCAAGGACUUCGCACCCGCCAUCGCCGUCGUCAUCGUCGUCCCUGGCGGAACACCUGCGCACCGAUACGAGGCGUAGCAGCAUGGUAUGGUACCAGUGACUGAGAACUCCCCCGAAACAUGAAGAAGCAUCCUCACAUCCUCGCGUGCGUCCUACUCCUGCUGUCUGUGGCGUGGGGCCUCAGCCUGCAGGAGGACGACCUGGUUUUCGACGAUGUCGGCGAGGACAACGACAAUAACAACGCGCCUGCCGGACCCGUCCUGAUAAAUCAUCGCGCGUCUCGUGGUCGAUUUGAUCGUUACGAGCACGGAUCGUCGUCAUCAUCGUCGUCGUCGUCGUCUCGUGAUGGCAAGAGGCACGCCUCUCGGGUCGAGAGGGCGUGGGGCGUACCGGACUCUGUUGUUCCCGUUGGCCACGUCUUCAGGAUGAAAAUACCGCGCCAGGCAUUUUCGGGAAGCGUGGAUUUUUACGAGGUUCACGAGACCGCGAAUCGUGAUCGUUUUCCGCGGUGGCUGCACUGGGACGACGCCGCUUCCACUCUCCUCGGCGUGCCGUCGAAGAAGGAUAUGGGCAAUUAUCACCUGACUGUCACGGCUGUCGGCAAGCACCGCGACACCGCCAAGGAUCAAUUCGUCGUGCAAGUUAUAACCGAGAAGGUGGAGGAGCUCAAGCAUAAGGACGGCAAGACGCAUUGCGACGACGGAGAGGACCAGACGAUCCUCGCACUUCUGCUGGACGCGCGGAUGGACCAGCUGUCGCCUACCAUCAGGGUGAACGCCAUUGAAAACCUCGCGGGAUUUCUGGGAAUGCACACGAGUGCAUUCUCUAUGCAUUCUCAAAGCAUUAAGGAUGCCACCGCCCAGGAUUCCUCCGUUAUUUUUACCGGACCCGGAAACGUUAGGCAUCACAAAAACAAAGAGAAUCAUCUGACUACUAUCCAGUGGCAGGUUGGCUGCGACGGUCACUUGUGGAAGCAUCAAACAGAGUUGGUGAAACAAUUACGUGAGCAAGCGAAGGACGGUACUCUGGCGGAAGUUCUACAGCUUCCCGUGAUUUCGUGGCGCGUCAGGACGGACUUGAAUCCCUUCCUGAGAAACAGACGUGAAGCUGGCUCCGGCGACUAUGGCGAUUCGGAUGAUUAUGGGGGUUACGAUGACGAUUAUGAUGGCGAUUAUGACGAGGAAGAAGAGGAAGAAGAUAACGAGGACUCUCGAAUACCGCCGACUCUCAUACCUGAUUUAAAACACCCACACAGGCAUCAUCAUGGCGAGGAGACGAUCGAUUCGAAGGGCGAAGACAUCGACGAAGAAGACAUAAUACCGAGAAUGAGUCAAAGUGAAUUGGAAAAUAAAACCACGACCGCGACAAGAACCACUGAACCUACCACAUCACCAUCAACAACUACAACUACCACCUCCACCACCACGUCGACAACUACAACUACUACCCAAGCCGCGCCAACGACCGUAACUUCUCCUAGUAGCACCACAACGACCGUCACAUCGGCCGAUAUAACAGCGACAGCUAGUAUCUCCACCGCUGUAGCUCCAACGGUAGAGUCUCCACGUUCGGAGACCACGGACGAGGAGUCGGCUACGUUCUCGGAGAGAACGAGACCCGUGGAACCCGUUGAACCCAUUACCGUUUUACCAACCAUUCCUUCAGAAAUCACCACGACUCCUCUUCCCGUAACCACUCUGCCGCCUUUUAGCACAUCGGCCACCCAGAUUAGUGUCUCCGACAAAGUCGAGACGGAGAUCGUCGGUAUUACUAAUGUCACGAUGGAAGAGCCGGAACAAAGUACGACUUCCAUGAGAGAACCGACUAAUGUACCAACGUCGGUUAUCAUCGCGGACAUCGUUAAUAUCACCACUCCUUCAUCUACAGUUGUAACGAAUGUUACCGCCUCUACUAUCGCGCCUAUAAUUGUAGCGAAUGACACGACCACGACAAUGACUGUGUCAACGUCGGAUCUUCGCACAACGACGUCGAGCACGACACCGUCCACUACCACGACUACAACUACGACUACGACUACAACUACUACCACUACCGCGGUACCUACAACCACCACGACAACGACAGCUCGAACUACAGAGAGUAUCGAGAAUGGCCAAUCCAACUCCCUACCGACUCGCGAUAAGAGAUUAAAGAAAAUACCGGUGACCGCCGGCAAGCCGUUGAGUUAUGUUAUACCGGCUGACACCUUCGCCGAUCUCGAAGAUGGCAAUACGAGGAACUUGAAGUUGAGCUUGUACUGGCAAGGCGCACCGCUCAAGACAACUCACUGGCUUCAGUUCAAUCAACAUAAUCAGGAAGUCUACGGAUUGCCUCUCGAAAAUGAUAUAUCUACCUGGAAUUAUGAACUGGUUGCCACGGAUGCAAACGGUGCCAACGUCACUGAUAGUCUUGAUAUUCAUGUUCAGCAGCACAAGCUUAGUCGUAGUGUUAAUCAUGAAUUCAGUAUUUAUUUGAGACUCGAGAAACGGAACGAAUUCCCAACAGAUGUUGACUGGGAACUUAAGGUUAUCCAAAGCUUAGCUGAGCUGUACGGAGACAGCGACAUCCAGUAUAUCACAGUUCGUUCCAUUAUUAUCGACACUGAACGUGAUCAAGCCAUUUUCACAUGGACUAACGACAGUCUUCCAAGAAGCAGCGAUUGUCCGAGAGAACAUAUAAAUAGAUUAUGGCGCGUACUCGUUAACGGUGACAGAGAUCCGUCGUACGAUCUAAGAUCAGUUCUCGCUCCCGAAAUCAGGGUAAAGCGUGUCGAGUAUCAAGGUAUUGGGCAAUGUGAGGAUAUGAAUCGUCCCGAGGUACCGAAAGUCUCUACCGAGGAACCAAAAGUUAAUUUCCCGCCGGUACCGAGGAACCAAGUCGAUCAUGUUAAUGCGACAGUCGGCCAAUUGCUCGUAUUUAAAGUGCCAGAAGAUACAUUUUUCGACGCCGAAGAUGGAUCGUCACGAAACAUGAAGAUGUCACUUCUAACCAUCGACCGAAGACCUAUUCCACUUCAUGAUUGGCUGCAAUUUGACAGCAAGAAUCAAGAAUUUUAUGGCGUGCCAAUGAGUUCCCAUAUUGGUCGCAAGGAAUAUCAAUUGGUUGUCACCGAUAAAGAAGGUGCAAGCGCUACGGAUGGAUUGGUCGUUGUUGUUCAUGCAGCACCUCCUAUGGCGCACACAGUGGAAUUCUCGAUGACGUUGGAUAUUCCUUACGAUUCUUUCGCAUAUUCCGCGCUUCAGAAGCGUAAUUUUAUCGAGAAACUACGCGAUCUUUACGGAGACAGGGACACAAGUGCUAUCUUGCUGCACAAUAUCUCGAACGGUAGUACCGUCAUCACGUGGCACAACAGAACUCUACCUACAUCGUAUUGCGCUCAUGAGGAAGUCAAUAGGCUACGAUCCGUACUCGUGAAAAACGAUAAUGACCGGCGUUCCGUGACAGACGAGGUAUUAGAUGUGAUGGGUCAGAAAUUCCCAGUGCAGCAGAUCACAGUAAUUCCGAUGGGGAUCUGUCUCGGUGAAUUAACGGGCGUUCAUUCGCCAGACAGCCACGUACCACCGGUGGACGAUUCAACAUCCGUCGGAGCAUUCCAUGACGAUUAUCUUCUUACUUUUGUUCUGCCGGCGAUUAUUAUCGCCGCUAUGUUAAUCCUGGCAGGAAUAAUUGCAUGCGUGCUACACAAGCGAAGACGUAGUGGAAAGAUGAGCGUCAGCGAACAAGAUGACGAACGGCAGAGUUUCCGGAGCAAGGGAAUUCCCGUGAUUUUCCAAGACGAGCUAGACGAGAAGCCGGAUCCUGGCAAUAAGUCACCCGUUAUUCUGAAAGAGGAAAAGCCACCUCUACCACCGCCCGAAUAUCAAAAAACCGAAGACGGCGCUGAUGUGCCGAUGUUGCCGAAGGAGAAUUCCGAGGAACCGUAUCAACCACCACCGCCGUUUGCCACGAAUCGCGACACCAAUCGGCAAAAUCGUCCCAAACCCACUCCGACGUACAGGAAACCGCCCCCUUAUGUGCCUCCCUAACAAAAUACGGUACACUCGCCUACGCGUAAAUAUAUGCUAGCAAUGCUCGGAGACUCGCCGAUACACAAGCAAAACCAAAUUAAUUAUAUAAAGCAAUCUCGAAUUGGCGAUGACAAUGACGACGAUCGUGGGACUCUGAACGUUUAUAGCGAUGUUUGAACGAAAGCCCUUUUCCAUUCACCCGGCAUGAGACAAUAUAGUGCUUUACGAGGCGUGAAUGGAAGAUCCUUUCGCGAGAACAUUCUCCGAAUCCGCGCGCGUUUUUACUUAUUUUAUAUAUGUAUCAACAACGGCACGUCUCACCAUCGAUUUAACGAAAAGAAAAAAAAAAUAAAGAUAUUCCUUAGUCGAUGUUCGGUCGACGUACACUCUCUUUCUCAAUCAUUUAUUUCACGCGAAAGAAAAAAAAAGGAAAGAUUUUCUAGGAAGUAUGGGAAUACAAAUCACGUGUUGCCUUUCGUAAAGAAUUCAAUUGUAGGGAAGGAAGAAUUCACUGCUCCGAACUCGAUAUGCGAAUUUAGUUUAGAGCCGAGACAGGAGAUAGGGAAUAAACCUACUUUAUUCGACCCUGUAGCAUUCGAAACAUCAACGAUAUUCAUAAAUAUUUCAAUAAUCAGUGCCAUUUAUUAAGCAAUAAGGGUAUCCGACUGUGAAUAACAGCGCGUAUAAUUAAUAUGGGGUUCUACGGAUUUUAUCGCAAUUACUGUUUACAGAGAGUCUCCAGGUAUCAAGAACGACGGACUUAACGAAAUACAUUAUAUUACGCACCUACAACGUAUAACACUGCCAGAACGACAAAUGAAUAUCGCCAAGCGAGAAAGUUUUGAGAUAUAUACACAUAUAUAUAUAUACAUAUGUACUUAUAUUAUUAUAUUUAAUAUAUAAUGUUAUAUAUUAAAUAUAAUAUUAUCUAUUAUAUAUAUUUACAUAAAAUUAUGUAUAAUCCAGUUUCUUUUUUGAACCCUUUAUUUAGGAUAAUUCGUGGCGAGAUAUGAAACGAAAUUAAACGCCACGCGUUUGAACGGGGUAAACUAGCUCGCUUGGCGAUCACUAUUAGUUAAGGAGAAAAUAUCAGAGAGAAUUGAAACGUUUUUUGAGACAUUUAAAGGAACGAUUACAUGCAAUGCGCCAUUGCAAAGUGACAGCAAAUGCUUCCAUUGGCACAGUAGGCCAUGCAGAUAACUUAUCUAAGAUAAGGAAACUAAUGAUAGGUAAUAUAUACAAAUAUAAAUAUAUAUAAAUAUGUAUAUUAAUACCUAUUUGCCGUUCGAUAGACGUCAGUCUGCAGUUAUUUGGGGACAGUGUAAUUUAAAAUACUGCCAGACCAAUCAAGUUAUUAGCAUUUAUUUUUUUGCUACGAAGAAGACCCACUGUUCUGUUUCACGCACAAUCCGACGCUUCGCAAUUUUUAUAACUUAACAGCCGCAAUAAUCUUUUUUUUUUUAUUAUGUAUUUCAGACCCGCGAAUUGUUCACGAAUGCGUAUGAAAGAGUUAGCGUCGAAGGCUUAACUCAGAAUAAAAAUAAAAGAGAAAACACUGAUGCGCACAUUACACAGCGACGGGACUAUUUAAUUUAGACUUUUACAUAGUUACCAAGCCAAAAAAUAAUUAAUUAAAAGAGGACGAAGAGGUAAGGUAAUAAGGACGUAUAUUUGUAAAACUACGAAAAAAAACUAAGAAACGUGGCUCGCACUCUUUAGGGCGCAUUUCUUUACAAUGAUUUUUGUAAUUUUUUAACCGUGCCGUGCGAAACGCACUACGCGCACAUGAUACAUACGUACACAGACACAUACACGUGCACGCACCAUCUCAUCGUUUAGCGCGGCGAAAGAGUGCGGGGUAUGGUACGGGGUACGUACGCCGUUUCUUCGAUACCUCGAUAGUUUCCUGAUAUUUUUGAAAAGGAAAUACGAGAAACGAAUAAAAAAAAAAAAAAAAAAGAAAUUUCAUAUGCGUCCCGAACUUUGAGCGGCUCCGUUCGCCGUUCGUCGUUGGGACGGCGUACGGAGCGAUAAACUCGCGGGCGCGCCUAUACUACUGGUGUGAAUGCUGAUGAUUAAUACGUAUGUGAGAUAAUAAUGAGAAUGUUUCGUAUGUGCAAGCUAUAAGAAUCAUGAUAUAAUAUUACGACUAAUUAAUUCGUGUCUUUGUAUAACGUAGAGGAUUUAAGUGCAUAGCAAGGGAAGCCACGUGAUACGCGACUCGCGCAAAGAUUCUUGGCUUCCUUCGCGCGCGGACGUAUCAAAACUGGCCGGAUUUUUAUCUCUGUAAUCCCGACGAAGGCGCGUGCUUUCUCGCUUGUAUAAUUAAACGCGCGGUCUCGCCCGCCUUCGCGCUCGCGAACGACAAGAGGAAUCGGCCGCGGUCGCGUGUCAAAGAGACUUUCCUCCACGGAUAUACCCUUUUCAUCGCCGGCGUCCUUGUUUAUCGCAGAAUUCUAUGUGAAAGAAAUAGGAAAGAUUGCGAUUGUCGUCCGUAUGCGAUUGCUUUCGUAUCGCGAAUCAAUAUGUGUAAGUAUGUUUUCUUAUUAUUUUUAUAUAAUGUACGAAUAAAGAUCUUCUGUGUUAUAUAAAUUUUACGCUAAGACCUGAAUGCAACGCAAUCCACGCUGUCGCGAAAUAGGAUUAUCUUUACGAUUGUAAUGUGUUCCUUUGUGCGCGAUCCUUGUUGGGAGAUUAAAUAAUAAAUCUUGUGUGUGUGGGAGCGCGGAAAGAUAUAGUAAAACUCGACGUUCGCGCGUCAAUCUUUGCUAAAUCAAAAUUUGCAUUUGCUACGGACUACGCUGGAGUCCUGUUUAUCGUUUCAGGCGAGAUUCUCACAAAGUUAAAGUGCUGACGAUGGAAAAGUAAACGUAAGCGGUGCAGUAUUCGAGAGUAAAUCUCGGUAAAUCAAGGGUUUGCGAUGCGUCACAGGCGGAAGCGGCAUCCUAUUCCGUUUGUGACCUGCGGUAAACAAGCACAAGUCCAUAUCACGCUUCUAAUCAUAUCAUUGCUCUGUCAUUGCGUAUCCCCUAAGCGCUGCAACCUGCGUUACUGUGAAAAUGAUGGUAAUGUAUAAAUAGACAUGUACGAUAUUUAUAAAAUACGGACAACGUGAGGGAGCUCUCCGAGGAGAAAGGGAUGAAACUUCACAAAUAGCAUACUCGCUUGCGGCGACUUUUCUGGCCUGUGUAAGAAUGGAUCGAAAGUAUUUUAUAACUGCGUGUAUAAAAGAAGUAGGGACGACGAAUUGCGUAAGGCUAAUUACGAUUGUGACUUUCGGCCGCUUUCUGAGAGAAAAUCGGGCUAACGUGGGGCGGGCACGACGUGAAAAAGUUCCAUUACGGAAAGAGAGAGAGAGAGAGAGAGAGAGAGAGAAAAUAAGCUAUCUCGCAUCGCUUAUACGAACGUGUCGUAUACAUAUACAGCUAUAUGCAUAUACACGCAUUUAUGUUAUCUCCUUUCGAAUUAUGCUUUAGACAAUAUGCAAUUUAAUUCUCUUGUAUGGAGAGAAAGAUAAAUAUCUACGUAAAGGUGGAUAUAUUUUAAAGCGUCACUCGAAAUGAAAUAACGUAAUUGUAUAUUAUAUACAUAAUAUACACCUAAAAGUAUCAUAUCGACGGGAAUUUUCAGAUUAUUUUUAUUCGCUGUGAAAGCUCUUCGAGAUAUACAUAUAUAUAUAUAUACAUACAUAUAUCGGAAAACAUUUGCGUUGAUAUACAUUCGCGAAAUGCGAGGCCGAAACAUCUUUCGUACGAACGCGGUCCUCCGUUGGAUAAUGAAGCCAUCGAUAUUUACCCUCUAAAUUUUUCAUUAAGUGACAUAUCUCGUGGGAGAGGAAACGGAAGAACCAAAAUACGCGAAAAUACGAUAUACUUGGAGCGAGCUCGCGAGCCGAGACUGAUCGUGUACGCGAUCAUCUCGGGACCAUGUAACGAUAACGGCUCGUCGGAUAAUAAGUGGAAAAAAAUUAUGUCGAAUUAAUGAUAUACAUACACAGAUAUCUCUCUGAGACUAGUAUACUGACAAAGAAACACGUGUAAAGUUAAGAGUUAAUAAAACCAUUUUAGGGUA